CUACCUGGCUCAUUGACCAUUGAGAGGGCGGGUACUCAUCUUUACAGCAUUGGUCUCUCGCAGUAUAAGCCCCCAAAUGCCACAACACGUCCACUCAUGUAUAGCCCAAUUGCAGUGACCGUUGGUUUAUUAGUGUUACUCAUAAAGCAAAUCGUAUUGAUAUUACUUCCCGAACAGAGUCUCGAGUUUUACGCAAUGGUUGGAGACGUCCCGUACUUUUCGGGCUUAAGACUACAAAACUCUGCAGUCAUGUUAUGCGGUCUGACAAUAGCCCUGUCCUCACAACUUCUCACUUACUAUAACCAUCGGAAUGACAUAAAACCCACGUUUUUAACGGUAUUCUCGAUGCUAUCGGAGUUUAUGCUAACCCUGCUCUUUAUAAUCCACUAUUCGGCUAUACUGUGCGACCAGGCUCAAGUAGCUUAUAAAGUACUGGUGUUCAUCGAAAGGUUGGGUCAGAAUAGGGUUGGCUUUUACUGUUGGCGAGUGUUUCUUAUCACCCGUUUCCGUGGUUACGAAAUUAUCAGUAGA